AUGGAUGAAGCGGAAGGGCAAGACCACAUCUACUCGGGCAAGUAUUGCGGCAUGUUGUCAUCAACACUGGGCACACCAAUAGCAACAUUGGAUGACCCCAUGUUUGUCGGCGACGCAUGCCAUCACCAUCUGAAGCCAAUGUCACUGAUUUACGCCAAACUUUUUGAACAAAAAAAAAGACACCAAUCUUAA